AAUUACAACAAAAAUAACAUCUCACCAUCACUCACCCAUUAGUGUUUCGCCACGUGUAACCAGCUGAAACUUUUUCGGGACAACGUUCUCAUUUUCUUUUCAAAAUCUACAAAUUUCCAGUCUAUAAAAAGUGAGAGAAAACCCCCUAUACUCUUUCGAGAAGCCAUGGAAGCUGCUACACAGAUAGUAUUGUUCAUGCUCUUGUUUAUCGCCACAGCAGUUCCUCUUUCCGUUUCCGGAGAAAAUUUCGACGUCCGCCGCCAUCUAUCAACCGUUACUAGAUAUCAAGUCGCUAAGGAUAUUUCUGAAAAUUCAUAUAUUCCUUCAACAAUUCCUGAUCAGUGUAGGCCUGUCCACUUAAAUCUUGUGGCAAGGCAUGGAACUCGAGCUCCUACCAAGAAAAAGAUGAAAGAACUUGAUUCCUUGUCCACUCGCCUGGAAGUCCUUUUAGAAAAUAUGAAGGAGCAGAGUGUAAGUGUGGUUCCUGCAUGGCUACGUGGAUGGAAAUCUCCGUGGACAGGAAAGCAUAAAGGUGGAGAGUUGAUAAGUGAAGGAGAAAAUGAACUGUAUGAACUUGGUAUCAGGACCAGAGAAAGGUUUCCAGAAUUGUUUAAUGAGGAUUACCAUCCUGAUAUCUAUCCAAUUAAAGCCACUCAGAUUUCACGAGCCUCGGCUAGUGCUGUAGCUUUUGGCUUGGGCCUCUUCAGCGGUCGUGGAAAUCUUGGUCCGGGACGUAAUCGAGCUUUUGCAGUUACCAGUGAAAGCCGUGCAAGUGACAUAAUGUUGAGAUUCCACGAUUGCUGUCAAAACUACAAGGUAAAAUCACUUCUGAAGAGUUUGUGGGAACGCAUUAUUGGUGUAUGCCUCUAUUACGUGCCUACUUAUAGUACUGGAAAAGUCAAGCACCAUCUGUGGGUAAGUUCAAAGAACCUGUGCUNCAGGAAAAGUCAAGCACCAUCUGUGGAUAAGCUCAAGGAACCUGUGCUAGAUGAAAUAACUCAAGCAUUAGUUACGCGUUGGGGUCUGAAUUUCACUCGAAAAGAUGUUUCAUCCCUGUGGUUUCUGUGCAAACAGGAAGCUUGUCUAUUGAAUACAACUGAUCAAGCUUGUGCUCUGUUCACUCCAGAUGAGGUUGGUUUGCUGGAGUGGACAGAUGACUUGGAGGUCUUUGUACUGAAAGGCUAUGGUAAUUCGUUGAAUUACCGUAUGGGAGUUCCUUUGCUUGAAGAUGUAAUCAAUUCAAUGGAGCAAGCUAUUAAGGAUACUGAAGAUGGACGUGUUCAUGGGAGCUAUGAAUUGGCCAGACUUAGGUUUGCCCAUGCAGAAACACUACUUCCAUUUUCCUGUUUGAUCGGGCUAUUUCUUGAUGGAACUGAUUUUGAACAAAUACUAAGUGAAAAACCUCUGAACCUACCUGUCAAACCACCCCAAAAGAGAAUCUGGCGUGGCAGCACAGUGGCACCAUUUGCCGGAAAUAACAUGUUGGUUCUGUACAGCUGCCCAACAAACAACACGAGCGAGUACUUUGUGCAAGUACUGCACAAUGAACAUCCUAUUCCAAUGGCGGGUUGUGGAAAUUCUGACUUUUGCCCUUUCAAGGUGUUCAAGGAAAAAAUUGCUGCUGCUCAUUUGAAGCACGAUUACGAGUCUCUUUGUAGUUUGGAAACUGCACAGUCGGGUCAAGUAUCCGUAAUUAGCAAGUUUUUUUCAAAAAUAGGGAGUUGGAUUUUUUCGUCUAACGUUGAACAAGCCCAGAAGACCGAGUUAUAGGUCAUAUGAUCAAUGGAGGAGAAUGCAAAAGUUUAUCUUCAUCCAUCUUGACUGAUACCUCAGUGAUCAAAUUUUGCAAUUGGCCCCGUGAUCGUGUAGGCUAGGCUGCAUUUCUUUUCCCCUUUUCCUUAAUGAUUUUCUUAAUUUUGUAAUCUAGCUUUUAUAAGAAAAAAAUGCGCUCAUAUUUGAUUAUUCGGUCUGGGAGUUGUGAGUCCGAACGAGCUAAUGUUGGAAAAGUCGAUACUGCUUCCCUUACCGGGUUUUACCGUAAGAUUUCAAUUAAAGGUUACUGGGUUCAUUGAUUUCAAUUUUGUAGUCCUA